ACCUUCCGCGGUCAUCUGUAAAUGCUCCGGUAAUUAACGUGGCAGACAUGAAUCCUUAGUUUUAGAAAUAUUUAUUUAUAUCUAUUUAGUAUUCUAUUAAAUUAUUGAGGUUAUAUUUGCAGAGCAAAGUUAUAUAUUAUCUUCAAAGAAAUGCUCCCUAUAAGUGAUUAUCAAAAGAUUGGCAUUGGAGUAACUGGAUUUGGAAUGCUGUUUCUGUUUCUUGGUAUGAUGUUGUUCUUUGAUAGAGGAUUACUUGCAAUAGGAAAUAUUUUGUUUAUAUCUGGAUUAGCUUUAGUCAUUGGUUUAGAAAGAACAUUUAGAUUUUUCUUCCAGAAAACAAAGUUAAAAGGUAGCGGGUUCUUCCUUGGUGGAAUACUAGUAGUUUUAUUAGGCUGGCCGGUAAUUGGAAUGGUUGUUGAAAUAUAUGGUUUUAUUCUACUCUUCAAAGGUUUUUUUCCUGUUGUCAUAAAUUUUUUGCGACGAGUUCCUGUGAUUGGGAAUAUAUUAAUGUUACCAGGAAUUAGUGCGAUAGUAAAUUAUGUGGCGAAUGACCCUAACAGUAUGGUUUAAAUUGACCCUGAGCUUUCAACAAAUUCCGUUCUUUUAGCGAAUUCCACCUGAAUGAUCUUAUCUAUGAAAAUGAAAGAGAAAUUACACAUGGUCACACAAUUUCAACAAAAAUUAAAUUUAUUAGAAGAAAUAUGUAAGUUGAUGAAAUACGAAGUCUAUUCAAAAUUUUA